AUGGCGUCGUUUACGAAUCUCUCCGUGCCACUUCUCUUGCUCACCAUCCUCUUUCCUACACUCGCACUGUGCUAUAUCAAUCCAGAUGCCACAAGCGUACACCAAAAUGCCACAAAAUCCUCUGCUUCCCGUGCUUACAUCGUGCUCGUAGAGCCACCGCGCUCGAAUGCCGGCGAAGACGCCCACCGCCAGUGGCACGAGUCUUUCUUGCCGACCUCGUUGGCGGAUGAGUCCAGCGAGUCGCGCCUUCUCCACUCCUACACAGAGGUGUUCAGCGGCUUCGCCGUGAGGCUCACCGACGCUGAGCUCGACGCUAUGGCUAAGAAGCCAGGGUUCGUGCGUGCAUUCCCGGACCGAACGCUGCAGCUCAUGACCACCCACACGCCGGAAUUCCUCGGGCUAAAGAACGGCACCGGGUUCUGGAGCCGGGCUGGCUACGGGAAGGGAGUCAUCAUUGGACUACUCGACACCGGUCUCUAUGCGAAGCACCCUUCCUUUGACGACCAUGGAGUUUCGCCACCCCCAACAAGGUGGAAGGGCUCGUGCAAGGCGGCCCGGUGCAACAACAAGCUCAUCGGUGCCAAGUCACUCAUUCAGGGUGAUGAAUUUGGUGACGAAGAGGGGCACGGCACGCACACCUCGUCCACUGCCGCCGGGAACUUCGUCACCGGCGCAUCAUACCAUGGUGCGGGCGUGGGCAAGGGCACCGCGGCUGGAAUUGCUCCUGGCGCUCACAUCGCCAUGUACAAGGUAUGCGCCAAUAGACGCUGUAAGCAAUCUGCCGUACUGGCAGGCCUAGAAGAGGCCAUCAAGGAUGGUGUGGACGUGCUCUCACUCUCCCUUGGCGGUGACACGAGUGCCAGCUUCGAUGACGACCCCAUUGCUAUCGGUGCAUUCAGUGCUGUGUCCAAGGGCAUCCUCGUGGUGUGCGCCGCCGGCAAUAGCGGUCCGAGGAUGGGCUCGAUCACCAACGAGGCGCCGUGGUUGCUCACGGUCGCCGCCGGCUCCGUGGAUCGGAGCUUUGCUGCUGGCCUGCAUCUCGGCAAUGGCAGGAGCAUCGACGGAGAAGCACUUACCCAGAAAGUGAGUCUGAGUUCAAAGUCACACCCUCUCCUCUACUCCGAGGAACGACGGAACUGCAAUUACAAGAGUGACAGUGGCAUCACCGGUAAGAUCUUGGUCUGCGAAGGCACUAGGUCGAAGACUCAACAGUCCAACAUCCACAGAAUAGUGGGUGCUGGUGCGGCUGGUGUGGUGCUGUUCAACGAUGAAAUCAGCGGCUACGCCACCAUGGUUCAGGAUUUCAACUCCAGUGUUGUACAGGUGAGCGCGGCCGACGGCGAUGUCCUCAUAGCUUAUGCCGCGUCAUCAGAGAGCAGCUCCGUGGCCUCUCUCAUCUACAACAACACACUGUUUGGUGUCCGUCCGGCCCCCGUUGUGCCCUUUUUCUCUUCCCGUGGUCCAAGCGUCAUCGCCCUCGGCAUCCUAAAGCCGGAUAUAUUGGCACCAGGCCUCAACAUCCUGGCCGCGUGGCCGCCAAGCACGAGCUCUGGAAGGGGCCCUUUCAACAUCAUAUCAGGAACAUCCAUGGCGACGCCACACGUCAGUGGUGUCGCUGCACUUAUCAAAAGCAUCCAUCCUGACUGGUCGCCAGCCGCCAUCAAGUCUGCCAUCCUAACGACGUCGGACAUCGUUAAUAGCACUGGUGGCUCAAUCUUGGACGAGCAACAUAGGAAGGCCGGCGUGUACGACACAGGCGCCGGCCAUGUGAACCCGACCAGAGCCGCAGAUCCUGGCUUGGUGUACGACCUCAGUGUCACUGACUACGCCGGCUACAUCUGCUGGCUCCUAGGUGACAGCGGCCUAGCAACCAUCGUGCGCAACUCAAGCUUGACCUGUGCAAAGCUGCCCAAGGUCCACGCCGUGCAGCUUAACUACCCGACGAUAACCGUGUCAGCGACAUCGACGCCAUUCACAGUAAAGCGGACUGUGACAAACGUUGGGCCAGCAAACUCGACAUUCACAGCGAAGGUGGACGCGCCAAGAUCACUGACAGUGCGUGUCUCCCCGGAGACGCUGGCAUUCUCCAAAACCGGAGAGAAGAAGAUCUUCAGCGUGUCCGUGAGCAGCCACGGCUUGAGCGAGGAACUGCACGUGGAGGGAAGCUUGAGCUGGGUAUCGGAGAAGCAUGUCGUGCGGAGCCCCAUUGUUGCUGUCUCCCCAAGAGGCGAUACUGCUCCGGACCCAUCACCAUGA